CGGCCGGGCGUGCUCGCCGCGGGCGCCCUUGGCAGGGAGCGGCCAUGAGCGGGAGCGGCGUGAGCCGGGGCCUGGAGCUGCUGCGCUCGCUGCCCAGGGUCAGCCUGGCCAACCUAAGGCCCAACCCCGGCGCCAAAAAGCGGGAGCGACGACGUGGCCGUGGAAGGUACGGGGGUCGGAAGUGUGGCCGAGGGCACAAAGGAGAAAGGCAAAGAGGGAAUCGGCCCCGACUGGGCUUUGAGGGUGGCCAGACUCCAUUUUACUUGGCCAUACCGAAAUAUGGAUUUAAUGAGGGACAUAGCCUCAGACGUCAGUACCAACCCCUGAGUCUUCAGAGGCUGCAGUACCUGAUUGACUUGGGCAGAGUUGACCCCACGCAGCCGAUUGACCUAACUCAGCUCGCCAACGCCAGGGGUGUGACAGUGCAGCCUCUCAAGAGGGAUUACGGUGUCCAGCUGGUGGAGGAGGGUGCUGAUAUUUUUGCAGCAAAGGUAAAUAUUGAAGUGCAGAGAGCAUCUGAAUUAGCAAUUGCGGCCAUAGAAAAAAACGGAGGCAUAGUAACAACAUCGUUCUAUGACCCAAGGAGCUUGGAAAUUUUAAUCAAGCCAGUGGUAUUUUUCCUGCGUGGCAAACCAAUCCCGAAGCGAAUGCUCCCGCCUGAAGACCUCGUCCGUUACUACACAGAUCCCAGGAAUCGGGGCUACCUGGCAGAUCCAUCCAAGGUUGCAGAAGCCAGGCUGGAACUUGCCAAGAAAUAUGGCUAUGUCUUACCAGACAUAACCAAGGAUGAACUCUUUAAGAUGCUAAGUGCACGCAAGGAUCCUAGACAGAUAUUUUUUGGUCUUGCUCCAGGAUGGAUCGUAAACCUGGCAGACAAGAAAAUUCUGAAACCAACUGAUGAGAAUCUGUUGAAGUACUACAGCUCAUGAAUUCAGGACUGGACACAAUUGCAGGUGUACAGGAAACAUCUGGGUAUGAAAUAAUGGGUAGAAGUAGUGUGUGUUUGUUUGUUUUAAGACUCCUAUUAUACUAGAAAAAACAUUUUUUUCUUCAUGUAAUCUUCUGGUGUAGCUCUCAACUUUUUUAUUGUCAUAAUAGAGUGUAUCAGAAGUCUUAACAUUUGAAAACAAUAUGGAGUCUGACAUAAAGUGUGGGUCUGGGCACUUUCUCUUCCA